AUGCUAGCGAAGUCGAUCUAUCCAACACUUUCUGUCCUCUUCAUCGUACUCCCUACCCUUGCGAGUUCUUUCCAGCUGCGCAACCCAUUUGCGACGGAAGAGAGGAAUAUCUGCGAACGCGAGUCAGAGGUCGAGGAACACAAGGAUAUCGCACCUGUAUGGAAUUUACACGCAAGGGAUGACCCUGCAGUCUCGACUCCGAACGCGACGGUUGCGGUUGGCCCUGUUAACGCCGGAGUUGGAAAUGUGAAUGUGACCAUAGGCAACGUCACCGUCUCCGCUGGUAACAUCGACAUCGAGAACAUCAAGAUCGGCAACAUUUCGGUCAUUGUAUCCGUCGCCUUCUCUGGUGUUGGCACGUCUGUGACUGGCAUAUCGAGCCCUGCAACCUCUAUUGCUAGCUCGACCUCUGGUCCCACCACUAUUACUGGCAGCUCGCUUACUAGCACUACAACAUCGUCUGUAGCUUCAGAUUUGUCGGCAUCGGACACUUCCAUUGUGACCGCAACUCCGACACCGAGGAGACGUCGCUCAGGCUCUGAUGUGGCUGCUCAUGUUGGAUACAAGCGUCAGGCUUCGUCAUCGGACACGCCAUCUUCUACAUCGGAAGCCUUGACAACUAUCACGCCUGCUACAUCCACGUCCUCUGGAUCUGCUCCUUCCCCCACCGUAUCAGGGGGGGAUGUAUCCGUCGGCACCGGCUCAAUAGGCGCGAGCGUAGGGAACAUAACGGUUUCAGUUGGGAAUAUCAAUAUCUCCCUUGGAAACGUCAACUUGACCAAUGUAACAAUUGGGAACAUCCUCGUCCUUGUACAACUAGGGGAUGCAAAU